AUUGGUUAGCUGGCAAAAAGUCAGACGUUACUGUAAUAGAAUUGGAGUGUAAAAGCUCCUCGAGGUUCCGCGUCGCGCCCACGCGCGCCUUCCAUAACCUUUAGGCUUUGUCAAGGCAGUUUCAUUUUAUUUCAAUUUCAUGACAUUUACGCCAUGGGUUGUGUUAUUUUUUUGACCGGCUUCAGUAACACGUGCGAGCACUUGUGUAAUUAGAUAUUUGCGCCACUGUGAAGUUGACCGAAUUUGAGUAACAUGCAUGAAAGCCUUGGCAGUUAAAAAAAUACGUGACACUGAAGUGAAGAAUGACGAGGGUAGAAAUGAACGAAUGGUGUAUACGUCGGAUUUUCACAUACCAGAUUCUCUUUGGUUUACUAGUAAUCAUUACACAAAAUUAUGCUUUUAACUUUUCCGAAAUAAAUUUACCGAAGGAACACCUACCUUUUUAUUUCAGUAACUACCCAGCAGUUGCUGAAAAAUGUAAGGAGGAUGAAAAGUGCCCAUAUAAGGAUGAACUGGAUAAAAAUGUAUGCUGGGGGUAUGAACAUGGUUGCAGAGCACAAAAUUCAUACUCCAGGCCAUCUUGCCCAGGAGAUCAUAAAGGAUGGGUGAAGACCAAACAAGAUCAAUUGAAUACAUUUUACUCCCAGGGGGAUUUUGGAUAUAUAAAAGACCAGCUUCAAGAAAUGAUGGUUAUAUGUGAACCAACAUUCGUGGACGAUUCAUCUUUAGAAUGCAGUAAGCAUUUGCGAUUUUGUAGGGGUCGCAAUAUAAUGAUAAACUUUACAGACCUGAGUUCUUGUUCUGAGCCUAUCAGGUACAAAAUGGAUGUAUUAAAAGAAGGGCAGAUUGGAGGAUAUUGUCAAUUACAUAAGUCAAGAUUGGAUGAAGAAUGCGAUCACAUAAGUCCUCUUCAAUCAUGGGGACCUGAAUUACGAUAUUUUACACAACUUUCCAGAAGACCCAUUGUAGAAAAGGAUUGUGAUGUUGUCAUUGAAAAACCAACAUUUGUUUUAAAAAUUGAUGCAACAGUUAAUAUGUACCAUCAUUUCUGUGAUUUUUUGAAUCUCUAUGCAUCACUACAUAUGAAUUCGACACAUCCCAGUACAUUUUCCAGUGAUGUGCAUAUACUGAUCUGGGAAAGCUAUACGUAUCAAUCUAGCUUCGAGGUUGUUUGGGAGGCAUUUACUAAUCAUCCUGUUUGGGACCUUAAGACAUUUCGUGGGGACACAGUAUGCUUCAAAAAUAUUGUUUUUCCUCUGCUACCAAGAAUGAUAUUUGGUCUGUUUUACAAUACUCCUAUUGUAACUCAAUCUACCAAUCUAACUUGGUUUGUUCUUCUUAUUCAGGUUAUCUACAAUAGGCAACUUCAGUUUAAGCAGCAGUUAGAAAUCACUUACAAUACUGAUAUUUUUAUUGGAAUUCAUGGUGCUGGUUUGACACAUCUGUUAUUUCUUCCUGAUUGGGCUGUUGUUUUUGAGCUGUACAAUUGUGAAGAUGAGGGAUGCUACAUGGAUCUUGCUCGUUUAAGAGGUGUUAAGUAUAUUACAUGGCAAGAUAAAAGUAAACUAGAACAACAAGAUCAGGGACAUCAUCCAGAUGGUGGGGCUCAUGCUAAGUUUACAAACUAUUCAUUUGAUGUGAAUGAAUUCUUACGACUGGUGGCAGUAGCAGCAAAACAUGUGAAAAAUCAUAAAGCAUUUCAAGCUUUCCAUAAAGAUAUUCAUGAUGAGUUGUAGUAUUUCUUACUUUGCAUUGAAAAUUGUAAAACAAAUAGCUGUAAUAUAUCUUGGCUCAUGUUUUCAUAAAAAAGUGGAUUUAUAAGUGUUAAGGGUAUUUGAAUAAUUAACACUGUUUUACUGAAUGAAAUGCUCCACUAUAAUAAUGGUGAUGGAAUCUCCAUCUUCAAGUAAUGUGUCUUCCCAUUUAGGGCAACAAUUUAACUAUGCACACUGAUGUGCUAGAAUGAAUCUCUAACAAUAUUUAUUACUUUUUAUAUGCAUUUAGUUUUAAAUUCCUGUACAAUGUUCAGAUUUCCUUCUAAUAUAUUUUUGUAUUUAAUGUAAUAAAUAUUAUUUCUCAGGCACCAUUAAUAUUAAGUGUACUUUGAAUAAUAAAUGGAUUAAUUGGUAGAAUGAGAAUAAAGGUCUUAAUGUUGUUUUAUAAUUUUGUAUAAAAACAUUAUAAAUAUUUUGGAACAAUUUUUAACAGUUGUAGGAAAAAUGUAAUUUAUAUGAAUUUUAUUCAUGUUUUGUAAUCUCAAUAAGAAAUUUUGUAAAAGAAACUGAAAACAUUUGAUUGUUUUAAAAACAAACUGACAUCAAUUAACUAAUGCUAAAAUGCAAAACAAGCCUUACUUCUAAUAUCAAUAAUGCAUAGUUAUGCAUUGUACAAAAUCAAAAGAUGAAAUAUACAAAAGAUUUCUUUCAUUAUUAACCCAAAGCAUGGUCAGUCCAUGGGAAUUUCUUCUUGAACAACCUUAGAGCAAAUGAUCCUGUACUGUUCAUCAGUUGAGUUGAUUGGCCUAGCGGGCAAGGCUUUGCCUCUGCGUUUGAGUUCUUGCUGAACA